GAGCCGGUGCUCUUCUCUACAACCAUACGCGAAAACCUCGUGUACGGCGCUCAGGAGCCGGCAGCCGUCACCGAGGAAGAGAUCGUCACUGCUGCGAUGGAGGCUAAUGCUCUCCCGUUUAUCAACUCUUUCCCAGAAGGUCUGGAUACUGUUGUAGGAGAGAGAGGAGUGAUGUUGUCAGGCGGCCAGAAGCAGAGGAUUGCCAUAGCUCGUGCCUUAAUUAGCAACCCUCGUAUCCUGCUGCUGGACGAGGCCACAAGUGCCUUGGAUGCUGAGAGUGAGAGCUUGGUGCAGGAAGCCUUAGAGCGACUUAUGCACGGUCGUACAGUCAUCACCAUAGCUCACAGGCUCUCAACCAUCAGGAAUGCAGACCAAAUAGCUGUGCUGCAAGAAGGAGCCAUUAGUGAGAUGGGGUCGUAUGAUGAGUUGAUGAAGCUGCCCGAGGGAAUCUUCAGAAAGCUUGUAGAGAGACAAACUAUCACAAGCUAAGACCUGCUUCAUCCACCUGACUCUCAACUAGUAUAAGCUCUCAAUAUACUUGUAAAUAAUAGUAAACUUUACCCUAGAGACUUAUUUUUAUGUAUAUUAGCACAGUUUAUUUAUUUAUAAUUUGUAGUUAUUCUUAUAAUAUUUCUGCUGUAGAAAUCUAUCUAAUUUUGUUGAUAUUUAGUUUCCUAGAAUUGUCAUCUUGUAAGGGGCAGUACAUGUAUGGUGUUACAGUACAGUAUAUAGAACUGUGUGUGUACUGUUUGAUAUAGUAUGACACAUUCUCCUCCUCAUUUUACCCUUAUUAACAAGACCUGAGGGAUAUAGAAGUAAAUCCAUCGGUUACGCCUCCAUCUGUGCAUCUCCUGAGUCGUCCUCUUCUGAGUGCAGUGCAAACCUGAUGUCUGACAAGGCUGUGUCUCGUGCUUCCUGAUGCUCAACACUCUUAACAGUGACAUGGGAAAAGUACCCGUAAUUACUUUUAACCAGAUCUGUUUCCCCGUUUUCCUUUGUUUAACUUACCUGUGGUCUGAAAUAUGAUGCUUGUACCAAGAUAUAACUUUAGCAUAUUAAUAUACUAAAGUUAUAUCAAGGAAUCAUUAAAAUUGUGAAAAUAAAAAAUAAAACAGAA